CCUGGCCACCCUGGGCACCCAGCUGCAGUGGUGUCAUGGCCAAGUCACACCUGCUGCCCUGGUUGCUGCUGCUGCCCACGCUAUGUGGCACUGGUGCUGCUGUCUGGACCGCCUCAUCCCUGGCCUGUACCCAGGGUCCCAAGUUCUGGUGCCAAAGCCUGGAGCAAGCAUUGCAGUGCAGAGCCCUGGGACACUGCCUACAAGAAGUCUGGGGACAUGUGGGAGCUGAUAACCUGUGCCAAGAGUGUGAGGACAUCAUCCACAUCCUCACAAAGAUGGCCAAGGAGGCCAUUUUCCAGAAAACCAUUUGGAAGUUCCUGGACCGUGAGUGUGACAUCCUCCCUUUGAAGCUGCUCGUGCCCCGGUGCCACCGUGUGCUCGAAGACUACUUCCCGCUGGUCAUCGACUACUUCCAGAGCUACAUCGCCCCAAAGGACAUCUGCCAGAACCUUGGCCUGUGUAAACCUGGGCAGCCAGAAUCAGAGCCAGAGCCAGGGAUGCAGGACCCUCUGCCUGACUCUCUGUCAGAGCCUCUGCUGGACAAGCUGGUGCCGCCCCGGCUGCCAAGGGCCUUCUCAGUGUGGCCUGGACCUCACACCCAGGAUCUCUCCGAGCAGCAGCUCCCCAUCCCACUGCCCUUCUGCUGGCUCUGCAGAACACUGCUCAAGCGGGUCCAAGCCAUGAUUCCCAAGGGUGUGCUGGCCGUGGCUGUGGCCCAGGUGUGCCACGUGGUACCCCUGGUGGUGGGUGGCAUCUGCCAGUGCCUGGCGGAGCGCUACACAGUCCUUCUGCUGGAUGCACUCAUGAGCCGAAUGCUGCCCCAGCUGGUGUGCGGCCUCGUCCUCCGGUGCUCCUUGGAGAAUAGUGCUGGCCCAGUCCUCCCUGCAUUGUCCCUGCCAGAAGAAUGGCUGUCAAAGAACUCCAAGUGCCGCCUCUGCAUGUCUGUGACCACGCAGGCCUGGAACAGCAGCGAGCAGGCCAGGCCGCAGGCCAUGCGCCAGGCCUGCCUCAGUUUCCCGCUGGACAGGCAAAAGUGUGAGCAAUUUGUGGAACAGUACACACCCCAACUGCUGGCUCUGGCACCCAGGGGCAAGGAUGCCCACACCGCCUGCCAGGCUCUGGGAGUGUGCGAGGCCACAUCCAACCCUCUCCAGUGUUUCCAGAUCCCUGAGUUCUGAUGAGAGCUCAGCCUCCAGAGACUCCUCCUCACCUUGUCCCAGCACCUCAGCACCUGACUCAGAACCCUGGUCACCCUCCUCAUCCUUGGGAUUGUCUACCUUCCAGACCGAAUGUGUUCAGGUCAAGGAUGGCUAGUGUUUCCUGGAUCUCAUAGGAAAUCAGAUUCACUGCCCAAAGCUGUCUCCUCUUCAGAUGUCAAGAACAGCACUGCCAUCUAACUCCACCUCCUGACGUCCACUUCUCCCGCCCUGACCCUCAUUUUCUAGGUCAGGGUAGCAUCGUCAUGUAGAAGGUUGGCUCAGAGGCAGAUUCCAUGACCAGUGCCUGGGGGCCAUGAAAUGACCCUGAGACAGAAGGACACAGCAAGAGUGGCCUUGAAGUGGCCUUAAGAGCAAACUGGGUCCACUGUACAAAUCUGCUCAGAGCCAGCCCUGUUAACAGGAUGGUCAUUUAGUCAUCUGUUCAUUCAUUUUUCAAAAAUUUAGCGAGUAGGGCCAGGGAUUUAGCUCAGUGGUGCUGCCGCCUGCCUUGCAAGUGCAAGGCCCCCAGUUCGAUCUCUGGUAUCAAAAAAACAAAACAAAAUAGCGAGUGCCUGAGCCAGGCCACAUUCUAGGAGCCAGGGGUGUAUAUGAGAAGAAGGAGACCCCGUUCCCUUCAUGCACAGCCAGGACCAUGGCUUCCCUAGAGGGGAAGGAGUCAGAUCUUCCCUGGAGCCCUGAGAAGCACAGUGGGUGAGCAACAGGGGCUCUGGCCCUCCUUUGGUCUCACCAUAUGGCCCGAGGCCCACUGCCCUCACCAAAAAGGAGCCCAGCUGUCCACACUUGCCCUCCCCUGUCCUUUCCUUAUAGAACCUCACACUAGGGAACCAUGAACUCCAGCCUGCACCUUCAGAUGUGUCAGCCCUCUCUGUCCCAGCACCACCCACAGCCCCGCCCCAGGGCCACUUCUGUCCCCUGGAGGAGGCUGCACCAGAGGAGUCACAUCCAACAGCGCCAGCCCUGGCUCCCACAGCCUCUGGGCCAGGCUGAGGAGAAACUGCCCCGCUCCAGCAGGACGGUGGGGAGAGGCUCAGCCUGGCCUCCUACCAGCUCCAUUGCACUCAAGUGAGGCUGUUACGGUUAUUUGCUAAUAUUCUUGCAAAAUUAAAAACUCAAAGAAUAAAAAUUGGGAAUAUAAAGUACUCUAAAAGAUAAACAUAAAAUUCUUAAAUAAGGCUUUUUCAAAAAAUCAGGAAAUCCCCGGUGUGGGAAAAGAUGUACACAUGCUCCAGCAUGAUCAGAAGGUGACUGGUCACAUGUCGGGAUUUGAAAUGUUCUGCUGCUUAAGCUGUUGAUUAAGAUACAAAAAGUGGAUUUUAAGGGCUAGAUGUGUAGUGGUAGAAUACUUCCCUAGCAUGCACAAAGCCCUGGGUUCAAUCCCCAGCAUACUAAGAAGGGGGAGGUGGGUUCCUUUAUUUUUUUUCAGGGAGGUGCUGUUGAGACUGUCUCGCUAUGUUGACCAAGCUGGUCUUGAACUCAAGGUGAUCCUGCCUCAGCCUCCUAACUCCUGGGGAUUACAAGUGUGUCCCAACACACCCAGCUCCUUUUUAAAAAUCUUUUUGUAAAAUGAACUUGCCAACCUUUGUUUGAAGUUAUAAUGGUGACUGUUUCUGCUAAGAUUUAACUGCUCAAAGCUCAGUUGGGGCAAUGCAUGCCACGUUUCUAUGUAACACAGUGCCUGUAUCAUGCUAAUAAAGUCCUGUUCUCCUGCCAAAAA